GUAAUUAUGUCUCAUGCAAAGAGAACUAGAGCAAAAAGUGAUGAUUUGUCAAGUGAAAGAAAACUCAAACGGUCGAAUUCAAACGUCGUAGAUUAUAUGACACAAAUACAAACGAAUUUAAGAAUUAAAAAUGUAGAUAUAAAGGAACACACAUCUGCCAUAUCUGAACCUGUUCCUGAUACGAAAGCAAAAGAAGAUACCUCUGAGCAUGCUUCUACAAUAUCUAUAUUUAUUUCUGACACAUUGUUAUCAAUUGAACAAGAGCUUUGUAUCAAAUUGCAAAAUAUUACUUUUUUACCACCUAUACAAUAUAUUUACAAUCCACUCGAAUAUGCAUCUGAAACACAUGCCAUGUAUGUACACAAGUAUUGUACUGGCAUAAAAAAGAUCUUGUUCGUUGGUAUGAAUCCUGGACCAUGGGGUAUGUCACAAACCGGUGUACCAUUUGGAGAAAUAAAUAUGGUGCGAGAUUGGCUCAAAAUUUCUGGUCCUGUUGGCAAACCCUCAAAAGAACAUCCCGACCGAAAGGUGGUAGGAUUCCAAUGUACACGCAGUGAAGUUAGCGGAUUAAGGCUGUGGGGCCUCUUUCAAGAACUAUGCGGAAAUCCCGAGAACUUUUUCCGAUAUGCAUACAUGCACAAUUAUUGCCCACUGGCAUUCAUGGAUGGCAAAGCUCGAAACAUCACACCGGCAGAAAUAAAGGGUGACGGACAAAAGAUUUUACAUGAGGCUUGCGACAAAUCCCUGAUAGAUAUAAUACAACUUCUAAAAGUAGAGGUCGUUAUUGGCAUUGGCAAAUAUGCUGAAAAAAGAGCACAGACUGCAGUCCAAACAGGAGGUCUUCCAGUACAGGUGAUGGUUCUGCGACAUCCCAGUCCAAGAGCAGUAGGUAAUCAAAAUUGGAAUGAAAUAGCUAAGCAGCAGCUAAAUGAGUUGGAAUUACUCAAAUAUUUUGACAAAGCAAGUACUACUGCUGUCUAA